CACCUUGAUAAAAUAUUUAAGCACAGAGAACUUCAACAGAAACUGGUGGAUGCCAAGUUGGAGCAGUCUCAGGAAAUGAUGAAGGAAGCCGAGGAGCGACAUCAGAAAGAAAAGGAAUAUCUCCUGAACCAAGCUGCAGAAUGGAAGCUCCAGGCCAAAAUGUUAAAGGAGCAAGAGACUGUCCUGCAGGCACAGAUCACUCUCUACUCUGAAAGGUUUGAAGAAUUUCAGAAAACAUUGACUAAAAGCAAUGAAGUGUUUGCCACAUUCAAACAGGAGAUGGAGAAAAUGACAAAGAAAAUGAAGAAGUUGGAAAAGGAUACUGCUACUUGGAAAUCCAGGUUUGAGAACUGUAACAGAGCGUUACUGGACAUGAUUGAAGAGAAAGCCAUGAGGACCAAGGAAUAUGAAUGCUUUGUGCUGAAAAUCCAGAGGCUGGAGAACCUUUGUCGGGCUCUGCAGGAAGAGAGGAAUGAAUUGUACAAAAAAAUAAAGCAAGCGCAGUUCCCUGAAGAAGUGAAUGGAAACGGCAUCUUAGAAGAAGAAGAUGACACCGAUAGAAGCCCUUCCUCUUCUGAGCAGGCAAGCAUUGAGCUACGCACUAAUGAUGAGAGGAUGCUGAAGGAGUUGGCUGAAGCCUUUAGGGUGUCCCACAAGGCAGAGGAGCCCGUCCCAAGCAACAGCAGCAGUCCAGAGACCAGUGAUGCUCAGACAUGUAAUGCCAUCCUGGUGCCAGAUCUCCUCUCUCCUCAUACCCCACAGUCAGAGGCUGGGAAUCACUGUGAGCAGCCCAGCACGAGCACACCAUCACCCACUGAAAAUAUGACAACACCCACUGAAAACAUGCCAAAGCCCACCAGAAGCAUGCCCGCACUCCUCGAAAGGGUGCCAGUACCCACAGAAAGUGCGCCAAUACCCCCCGAGAGUGUGCCAGUACCCACUGCGAACAUGCCAAAACCCACUGAAAGCAUGCCAGCAACCCCUGAAAACCUGCCAACACCCGCACAAAACAUGUCCCUUCCCCUUGGGAAUAUGCCAGUGCCCACAAUAAGUCCACCGAAAGCUGCAGAAUGUGUGGAUGACCCAGCAGAGCAGUCUGUCCGAGGUCAGUCCUCAGAGCAAACGGGGGACACAGACAUGGAAGCAGUGGAUUGA